CACAAGAUGGCGUCAUAAUUCAAGUGAAGUGCUAUUAGUGUUAAGUGUUAGUUUUAUUUGGACAAUAUUUCAUGUUUAGGUGUAUUUUAAAGGGGGGUUCGUUUAUAAAGUUUGUACAGUAUUCAUUUUUAAUCGAUGUUGUGGGUUGAUAUUAAAAUUUCCUUCACAAAUAUUUGCUUAAACGAUUAAGAUAAGUCUAACCCUCAAUGGUUUCAAUCCGAUUCAUGUUUAUGCCUACAUAAUUUGUCUAAAUCUGUUUAACUCGUUCGUGUUAGCAAAUUUUAAAACAUGAAUGAAGUGGAAACUCAGGCUCAAGAAUUAUUGCGACACAAGGAAUGGGCUUCAGCUUUAGGGCUUUUUGAUCAAUUAUUGGGAUAUGCAGCAGUAAAAGGCUCUACCAAAGAAAGAUUGGUCAGUUAUUUGUUGGGGAGAUCAGAGUGUUGCUUAGAACUUGGGAAACAUGAAGCAGUGGUCUCAGAUUGUAGAAAAAUUAUAAAGUUAUUAGCUGGUUCAGAAAGUAGUAAUAACUGUGGCGCAAGAGCAAGGAGGCGGCUGGUUCAUGCUUUGUUUACACUACAAAGAUUUGCUGAAGCUGAAGCAGCUGCUGCAGAAUGGAUAGCCUCCAGUGGUGGCAUGAAAAAUACAAAUCCAGAGGCAGUGAAGAUGUUGGAAAGAGUCCGAAUUGGUUUACAAAUGGCAAAUGGUCAAAAGAAUUUGGCAGGUAAAGGACCACCCCCUCCAGUUCCACAACAUCCCAGAAUGGAAGAUGAAAUGUUAGCCAUAGAUUAUAGGUUGGAAUCUCUCUUCAAUCCUGCGUUGGAUGAUAGACCCAGAAGAAAUAGGAAACAUCCUGUUGAACUGAUUGGAGAAUGUAGUGGGGGUGAUCCAUCAAUGCCCAAUCCAGAUUUUCAUCAGCCUAUGUUGAGUUUCAAUCAUAUUCCAGUUGAAUUGAGUAACAUGCAAAUAAUAGAUCCAAUGAGAAUUAAUUGUCUGCAGCCACAAAUUGAUCACAUGGCUGCUCUGAGAAUAUCAGAAGACAUGAAGGUGCUCCCACCCUCAACUACUCAGAUGCAGCAACAUCAAAUCCAGAUGCAGCAGCAUCAACAUCAGCAACAACAACAGCAUCAACAGCAGCAGCAACAACAUCAGCAGCAACAUCAGCAGCAACAACAGAUAGUGACAAUGAGUGGGUUCUCUUGCACCUACUGCUGCUUGACGUUUGCAGACCGGAACGACCUUAGAGCUCACUGUCAGACCGAGAGUCACCAAAGAGUCAUCAUGUCCGACGAGGGCCGAGACUGGAAGUGGCGACCACCACCUCGUGGAUACACAUCGGAGAACUACAGCCAGUGUGAGUCCUGGGCCGACACCGGUGUGUGCCGUUACGGGGCACAGUGUGUGGAGGCUCAUGGACCUGCUGAGCUGCAGGAGUGGCUUGAAAGGUUUGAGUACCGGCGUAUGAAGUUGCAGCGUGCCAGUGAGAAGGAACUCUACGGAAAAUCCUACACUGAACAGCUCCUGGAAAGGUGGCUACAGGCUGCCAGUCCAGACAGGGUGAUGCGAGAGAGGGUGGAAGGUGUGACAGACAGUUGCAGCGAUGACCUCGUUACAACAGUCUCUAGCAAGGUUAGCCAACGCGAGUGGACCUUCACGUUACACACAGUGCUGCCACUGCGAGCAGUCGCAUUGCUACAGGAUGCCCACCGUAACCAUUUCUUCCUCAAAUUGGUGGCUAGCACUGGGACACAAUCUGGACGGUCACUGGUAAACUGCGAGAUGGCGGGUGGCCAAGAGUGGUCGGGCGGGCUAGAGGAGGUGGGAGGUGACCAGGGCGAACCUCUAGAGCACAUCGUGAAAGUUGGCUUCUCCACUGAUAUCUACGGUACAUUCCGGCAAUCCCUGGUGUUUGAUGUGGGUACUGAGCCAGUCCUGGUGAAGCACCUUUGUGUGGACGUCAUCCCCGUCACAGAUGCUGAGAAAAUCAAGGAGAUAAAGAUGGAGCUGGUGCUCUCAACGGCCGAGCGGUGGGACAAGGCCAACGUCCAGUUGGUACCAUUCAGCUCACCAGUAGUACCGGUGACCAGUGCCGAUCUGGACAGAGAACAGGAGCUGCUAGCCGCUUAUCCCAUGCCACGUGCCGACACAUUCGCACUCACCCAGUCCACCAUCAGCGAGAAACGGCUUACACGUAACAACUACCGAGCCAGGAUGCAUGAGCUGCUUUGUGUCGAGGAGAUGGCCAGAUACGAGCAGGUGGCAAGAUAUAAUUUGAGCGCAAGGCUAAAACUAGCGAACUGCUACCUGCUGUCUCCCAGUGGGGUGGCGGCAAGCACAGCCAAAUACGCUCAUAAUGGCGAAUUGUUUGCACUCAUGUCUCUGGGUAAAGAUGUAUCUGAGGAUACUUCUGCAGGAAGACUGAUUCUGAACAACUGCACCACCGUUCUGCUUUCUCCCUCCAAGUCUGAUAAGACAGACAAGACUGAGACAGAGGAGAGGCCAAAGAGAGUUGUACAUGAGGCUCUGAUUGAGGACAAGGGCAAAAGUGUGAUAUAUCUUCGACUGUCUGCCGCAACGGUCUCUAUGCUUGAACUAAAGAAUGAUACGGAAUUCACAAUGGACGUUCAGUUCCAACUGAACCGAGUGCCAUACUGCGAGUGGCACCAUGCCAUUGACAAGAUCGCGGACUUCCGUGUCAUCUUUCCGGAAACUUUCAUGGAGCCAAGUAUUCCAUGGUCUCCACAAAGCAGACAGUGGAGUGAGAGCGGGGAUGCUCGGUUGAACCUGAAGCAGAAGGAGGCAGUGGUAGCCAUCACAACACCUGUGGCUGUGCCAUUGCCCCCCAUCCUCAUCAUAGGACCGUUUGGCACAGGGAAGACAUACACACUGGCGCAAGCAAUCAAGGAGGUCUUGCUACAACCUAACACACGGGUGCUGGUCUGUACUCAUUCAAACUCUGCUGCUGACCUGUAUAUCAAGGACUACUUGCACCCGUACGUGGAAGCAGGACACGAGGAGGCGCGGCCACUACGUAUAUACUACCACAAGCGCUGGGUUGCAACAGUCAACCAGGUGGUGCAGAAGUACUGUCUAAUUGAGAACAAUAAUGGUGUAAGAACGUUCAAAGUGGCAACACUGCAAGACAUCAUGAAACAUCGGGUGAUUGUUGUCACUCUCUCAAUAUCAAUGAAUCUGUCCAAUAUCGGUCUCAACAAAGGUCACUUCUCCCAUAUCCUGUUGGAUGAAGCGGCCCAAGCCAUGGAGUGUGAAGCAAUUAUGCCCCUGGCACUGGCCAACGAAGAGACGAGAAUAGUGCUGGCUGGAGACCACAUGCAGUUAAGCCCUGAGCUGUUCUCGCAGUUUGCUAAGGAACGACAGUUGCAUGUGUCUCUCCUGGAACGUCUGUAUGACCACUAUCCGCCCAACUUCCCUUGCAAGAUACUGCUGUGUGAGAAUUAUCGAGCGCAUGAGGCUAUUAUUGAGUUUACUUCAGAGCUGUUCUAUGAUCAGAAGCUGAUCAGCAGUGGCAAACAGCCAAGACAUGACAAAUUUUACCCCCUGACGUUUUUUACUACCAGGGGAGAGGAUGUACAAGACCACAACUCUACUGCUUUCUAUAAUAACUCUGAGGUGUACGAAGUGGUGGAGCGAGUUUGUGAGCUCAAAAAACGUUGGCCGAGUGCCUGGGGAAAGUUGGAUGAACACUCCAUUGGGAUCAUGACGCCAUACGCAGACCAAGUGUUUCGCAUCCGUUCAGAGCUCCGGAAACGCAGAAUGGGCGGUAUCUCUGUGGAGAGAGUCCUUAACGUCCAAGGUAAACAGUUCCGAGCGAUAUUCCUAUCGACAGUGCGAACGCGACGGACAUGUGAUAGCAACAAGACGCGUGUAGGUGAUGAGAUGGACUAUGGCUUUCUAUCCAACAGUAAACUGCUGAACACAGCCAUCACACGGGCCCAGAGUCUAGUAGCAGUGGUAGGAGACCCCGUGGCACUAUGCUCCAUCGGUCGGUGCAGGAAAGUAUGGGAAAGAUUCAUUGAAAUAUGCAACAGCAACAACAGCCUUUUCGGCAUCAAAUGGACUUACUUGAGAAGUCUCCUGGAUGGUGUGGAGCUGAAGAAAACCUACACACUUAACCCCCUGGCUCCAGAGUUUAUCCCUCGUCAGUUCCAAGCAGAGACGUAUAUCAGGCUCCCAUCUAUUGUUGGGACCUACAAUGGCAUAGCUCCAGGCAUGCGGUUUGUUGGUCCUUACCUUCCUACGACCCAGAUAUACCCUGUGCCAACUGCGUACUUUCCUGGAUACCAACCCCCACCAUCCUCUUUCUACCCCAUCAGACCCCCCCAACCCUCCGUAUGGGGCAUAAACUACCCACAAAUGGUUUCUCCCACCGGCACCAAUGGUGUGUUCCCUGGUAAUAAUUGGAUGAAGAAGAAGCAAGAGUUGUCCCCACCACUGAGAAGAGAGGAGGUGAGGCCACCACCCGGCCUAGUGCCCCCUCAGCAGAGAGCUCCCUUUACACAGAUGCCAAGACCAUCCCCCACCAGCCCCAGUCAGGUUAUGGAUAACUACUCCUAUCUGAGGCCGGCAGGACAGCCUCCCUUCGUCUCUCCUCCUCUGCAAGGACAAUUGCAGCCCAAGCCGCUCAUGAUUGAACAACAGAGGAGAUUCGUGCAGCCACAGAACAGUUUCGAAAAGGAACAGAUUCAGUUCUUGCACAAUGUCCACUUUCCCGAGAGACAGGCAAUGACGAUGAACGGACUAGCAUUGAGUGGUCUGCUCCCCGCUGAUGUGCCUCUGGCAGAGCUAGCAGAAUCUCAGCAGAAACAGCUGGAAUGGUACUCCCAUCUUCUUGACACUGUGGGGUUGGAGGCUGCCAUGAAGUUCAUGGAGAUAAUGUCCCUGGUCCCUCGCAAGCCAGCACCGCCGCCUGCCCCUGCCCCCUUGAUUUCUGAGAUCAGGGCUGUGGAUGACAUGUUCACGGAUAAGUUCAACCCCCACCACCUGCAGAACGGUCACAUUCCUGUCACACAGAUGAUGGAGGGAGUAAGACCUGGUAUCUCACACACCUGGUAUCUGAGUGAGACGGUGGCCAAGGAACAUCAGACACAGCAACAGCAGCCAUUGACGCUGCUCGACUGUAGUCAGGCAGCACUGCAGCAUCAGCAGCAGCAACAACAGCAACAACAACAGCAGCAGCAACAACAACAACAACAACAGCAGCAGCAACAACAGCAAAAAUUGGCUGCCCUGCAGCUGAAGCAACAUCAACAGCAACAACAACAACUGGUCACCCAACGUAUAUUGGCUGCUGAUCCAAGGUUUGACCUGAGUGGCAACUGGGAUGGCGGAGUGUCUGUACCACUAUACAGACGACAGCCGCAGAAUGCAGUCCCAGAGUCCAAUGUCCACAGUAUGAGUGAAGAAAAGCCACCAGUCAAUGGGACGUCAGGUGCGUUUGCCGGCUAUGCGAGAGCAGCCAUCAGCCUGCAGUCACGUGAUGGUUACUGGGAGACCGGUUCCCACGAUUCAGGAGACGAGUUGCUGGCCAACAUCCAACGGACCACAACGUACGCAAGUGUCGUGCGCACACAGGGCAAGCCUGACUCUUCACCAGUUGAGGAGAAGGGGGAUCCUUUUGCGGUUCUGCGAGAUCUCGGCAGCAAGGGCACACAGUCCGGGCUGUACCAUUACUUCUCCUGAACCGCCGGGUUCGGUGUUUUCACUUUGUAUUUAUGUAUGUGGUGUAUUGUAUCUACGUGAAUAACCGCAGUAUUGUACACUUUUUCUCGUCGUAUGAUUUAUUGUAACCCGAGUGAAACUAGUAUUCCAAUCAGACAACUGUGUGUAGAAAGAUUAUAGAGUAGAUGGAAAAAAUAAAACUAAAUAAAAAUUUGAAAAGAGAAAAAAAUAAAAAUAUGCUCCUUAGUACAUUUAUGUGGUAAUAUAUAGUUUAUUUUAUACUUAUGUAUAACUAUCAUGUAUUCAUUGUAUGUAACAAAGAUUAAAAGUUAUAUAAGAGUAUUGUUUUGAUUUAUUAUAGUGAGAUUUUACUUUAUGAAAUUAUAUGUUGUCUAGAGGAACGAGAUUAAAUAUAACUAAAGUCAUAUUAUAGUA